UUCUUCUUCUUCUUCUUCUUCUUCUUCAGACAUCCUUUUAGUACUCUCGACUUCUUUCUAAACUAAUCAACUUCUUAGACCACAUCUCAUCUGCCAACAAUCUCGUCAUCAGAUCUCUCAACCUCACCACCAUCUCGAAAUGGGCACCAGAUCUGCUGCUGUUCAGAUACGGCCCCCUAGCUCAACCACCUCGGCCACCUCUUCUCCUCGGCCUGUCCUUGCCUCAAUCUCUCACUCGGCCGUUCCUGCUUCAAACCUUCAGCAGAAAGUCUCUGAUGCUGAUAAUCAGUCCCACAACGAGUCGAAUGGCAGCAGUCAGUUUAAUCAUCAAACAUCCCCUACAAUUUCAACUGGACGGAAAUCUAGCCCUUCCUCUCCUCGGAAAUUCUCUCUGCCUCAUCCAGCCCGACCUGCAACGGCCACGCCAAUUGCAUCCAGUGGAGCAAGCCUGACCACCAACGCACCCGUCUUCGUACCCAGUGGGACUCUCAAUCCAUAUCAUCCACCAUCCGGCAGGACUGGCCAACAAGUCAAAUUGAAUAAGUCUGCGGCUGAGUUUGCACCCUCCGGCUUGGUACCCACCAGCGAUUCGUCCACGCUUUACAAUCAUUCAAAUACGUCAGAAUCCGCCCCUUCGUAUUCAUCAUCGUCAUCUACCUCAUAUCCGGGCGAGCCAACAUUUCACCCACACAAUCCUUACGCCUAUGACGCCGAGCGUCUACUGCAUUCGCAAGCUACUCAUCAUCCUAUCACCGAGGCUUACAUGCCCCACGAUGGCUUCAUGCCCCACAAUCGUGUAUCAGCUCCCUCAUUAUCAAAUUUUCAACGGCCUCUCAACUACCAUCUCUACGCUCCUCCCUUGCCUCAUUCAUCUAAUCAACAUCCUCAACAACUAGCCCUCAACAAAUUCUUCAUGCCCGCUUCCAUACGGGAAACCUUGCAGAAAAAAUCGGCGGCUACGUUACAAGGACCAACGCACGAGGUUGCAAGGACCCCAGAGGAUCUAGGAGUCUACCACUCAUUGGUUGUCUUAGACUCACCCCAUGUGACAAACAGCAGUACGAGCUCACUCCACCCCACAAUAACUGGCGGAGCUACCAAUGGAUCGUCGACGAUGAAUCCGGCUGCGAACGCGCAUCGCUCACCGUAUUCGAGUCGAGUUUUGAAGAACCCUUGCUGGAUUUAUAAAGCCUUCUGUUCGUUGGAUGGGAAAGCCUAUUGCUUGUAUCGGGUCGAGGGCGUUCGUUUGAAACAGGGUCAAGGUGAAGCUGCCAUCGGCCAAGUCGAACGCUGGAGGAAGAUUAGACAUCCUGCAAUCGUUAAUGUCCGCGAAGCGUUCACCACCAGGGCUUUCGGCGACCAUUCAAUUUUAUUUGCUUAUGAUUAUCAUCCACUCAGUCAAACUCUAUAUGACGAACAUAUAUCAGCCAAGAAAAGCUCCACUAGAACCUUCGCAACGGAUGAAGUAGAACACCCCUCGAAUCUGUCCAAUCCCACUCAAUCUGGAUCUCGAUACAACCGCCACCGAUCUGCCAACGGCCACCCUUCUCGCAUUGGCUUAUCAGAAGAAAGAAUUAUCUGGUCCUACGUAAUCCAGAUUGCCAAUGCCAUCAAAACAGUCCACUCAGCAAACCUCUCUGUAAGAACGAUCGAUCCGACCAAGAUCAUCUUGACUGGAACUAACCGGGUGAGGAUUAAUGCGUGCGGGAUUCUAGAUGUUACAGAAUACUCGCCCAAUCAAUCACCAGAAGACUUACAAGUAGAGGAUCUUCGGGAUUUGGGAUGCUUGAUCUGUUCCCUAGCUAGCUCGUCAAUCUGCAUCAAGACCGACAACAAUUCGCUCACCAAAGGAGUCGAAUAUGUCAAGCAGUUCUACUCGGCCGAGCUCAGUGAGGUGGUCGCUUACCUGUUAGCACCAGCUCUUGAUGGCCAUACAAUCUCGAUCGAAGGCCUUCUACGGAUGCUAUGGAGUCGCAGCUUAGACGAAAUGACGAAAGUCUUUAAUCAUAACGAUCUGCUCGAGGAAUCUCUCUCUCGAGAGUUGGAGAACGGUCGGUUGGUUCGGUUGAUGGUCAAGCUUGGCUUUAUCAAUGAGAGGCCUGAGUUUGAUCAUGAUCCCAAUUGGUCCGAGACAUCGGAGCGCUAUCUCUUGAAACUGUUCCGGGACUACGUGUUUCAUCAAGUGGAUUCGCAAGCGAAGCCGGUCACCGAUCUGAGCCAUGUGUUGAUGUGCUUGAAUAAAUUGGACACAAGCUCGGACGAGAAGCUGACGCUGAUCAGUAGGGAUGACCAAACCUGUGCGAUCGUCACCUAUGCCGAAAUUAGGAGGAUCAUGGACUCGGCGUUCCGCGACCUUUCUCGAUAACUCCUGUCUCCCUUGAUCUCACUCGUUUUCUCCCCUUUCUGAUGAAUUCUUAAGAAGGCAUAAACAAGAUUGUAAGAUGUGUGUAGAUUCUAGUUGUGUUUAGUGUGCUCUGCAUCUACGGUUGCGGAUUGGUCACUCCUUGAUUCCAGAAUCAACUUCUUCUUUUUUUUAUUUCUUAACACUUUUUGCGCUCUGGAUUUACGCAUCUUUUUGUUUUUGUUUAUCCUUCUCUUUCUCUUUCUUCUUCUUCUUUUUUUUGUUUUCUGAAUUUAAGGCAUCCAUCAGAUUGGUUACAAUUCUUCUGACUGCAUCUUGUUUGUUUGUUUUGUUUGAGGAAUGAGUGGAUGAUGUGGCUUGAAUUUAUCAUCCAUC